CUGGUUGGCUGGCUGGUUGACUUGUUGGCGGGCUGGUUGGUUGGCUGGCUGGUUGGGAGGAUUGCUGGUUAACUGGAUUGUUGGCUGUCUGGCUGACUGGCUAUUUGGUUGGCUAACUGCUUGUUUGGCUGGAUUGUUGUUGGUUGACUGGCUGGUUGGCAGGAUUGUUGGUUGUUUGGAUUGUUGGCUGGCUGGUUGGUUGGGUAACUGGUUGGUUAACUGGAUUGUUGGCUGGCUUCUUGGUUGGCUGGCUGGCUGGCUUGUUGGCUGGCUGAUGGAUAGUUGGGUGAUUAAGUGGCUGGAUGGAGAAGUGGAUGCAUAUCUGACUGAAGGAAAGAAUAGACUGCACAAUGAUUGA